AUGACCUUCAAGAACAUAGCAGACCCCAAAAUGUCACAAGCAGUCGCCUUCCAAUCAAACUCCGACCUCUCAGUCUACUACCGAUGUGGAUUUCAUGGAACCCUUGGUGUCAUGGCCGAUAAGUACGGCCCAGUGUUCAUGCCGCGGCUUGGUACGCGUCGAACGCUCAUUGUGAGUGGUUGGGAAAUAGCUGAGGAGUGCUUUACUACCAAUGACAAGGUUCAAGCUACCCGGCCCAAGAGCGCGUCGGGCGACAACAUGAGCUAUAACUAUGCCAUGUUCGGGUUCGCCCCUUAUGGGGCCUGCUGGCGAGCUCCUAUGCAACCGGCGGCUCGAACCGAGUCAAUCAAAAUCAGGCAACUGAUGGAGAGAUCAUCUUAUCUAAGCGGGGUGUUUGUUGUAUCCGACGCACUUCCAUUCCUUAAGUGGAUGGAUUUGCAAGGCCAUGAGAGUGCCAUGAGGGGAAUCGCUAAGGAACUUGACACUCUCAUCUCAAGUUGGCUGAAGGAGCAUCGUCACAAGAGGGUAUCAGGUGAGACAGACGGCGAGCAGGAUUUUAUGUAUGUAAUGGUGUCGAUCAUGGAGGACGCCCACAUCUCUAGCUACGAUCCUGAUACCAUUAUCAAGGCAACUUCACAGAUCCACAUCGAAGCUGGGACGGACACGACUGCCGUCGCCCUCUCAUGGGCCGUCUCCUUAUUAAUAAACAACCCAGACGUUUUGAAGAAGGCCCAAGAUGAAUUGGACAUCCAUAUCGGCAAGGACAGAAAUGCAGACGAAUCAGAUAUCAAGAACCUGACAUACCUCCAAGCAAUCGUCAAAGAGACUCUACGGUUGUACCCACCAGCACCGCUUGCAAUACCACACAUGGCCAUGGAAGACUGCCAAAUAGGCGGCUACCACGUCGCAAAAGGUACACAUGUGAUGCUGAACCUCUGGAGGGUGCAUCGAGACCCAUCUGUAUGGUUAGACCCAUCCGAAUUCCGACCUGAGAGAUUUCUGACCACUCAUGUGGGAACUGAUGUUAAGGGCCAGAAUUUUGAGCUGAUCCCAUUUGGGUCAGGUCGACGAUCGUGCCCUGGAAUGUCACUUGCCCUUCCGGUCUUGCACUUGACAUUAGCCCGCCUACUUCAUGGCUUUGAUUUGUCCCAUUGGGUGGGCCUAUCGACAUGACUGAAAGAUUACACAUUACCCUUAACAAAUCAAGCUCAUUGGAAGUGGUCUUCACCCCACGGCUCCCUUCAAAGCUCUAUGUGUAGUAGAGUGCCAACAAGAUCAUUUUUAAGCAUGUUUGAACUUGUCAUGAGAGAGUUUUCUUGAUUUCUUUGACC